GACACCAAACAGGAUUGACUCUGACCGAGAGGCUUGUGAUAUGACCUGGUUAGCGCUCAGCGUGUGUGUGGGGUCAGUUCUGCUAGUGACUGCUAUAACUAAGAAGGGCGUUACACUGACCUUUUCGGACCACUAUCAGUGUAAUGACACAUUUGUCCUGAGCAAUGUCAGCUGGUGGUAUGACUGGGGCACGAAUGACAACAAGCAUCACGAGCUCGGCUGUCAGGGCGAGCCCCGAGGGGAGUUCGUGCCCAUGGUCUGGGGCUACUGGGGUCAGAAGAUGAACUUCCCAAGCUCCACCCACAACGUGCUCGGCUUCAACGAACCCAACCACAAAGACCAGUCCCACAUGACCCCUCAAGCUGCUGCCACGCACUGGCGGGAGCUCCAAACAGCGGCCCACGGGAUGUCCCUUGUCAGUCCGGCCCCAGCUCGAUGUGGCAGUGUUGGGGGACUAUGCACAGAGGAAACUUACAAAUGGCUGGAUGACUUCUUCAAAGCUUGCAGCGGCUGUCAAGUCGACUACGUGGGCGUCCACAGCUACACCUGCAACGCUGACAACGACAUGAGGUUCCUGGAGACUGUGUACCAUCGGUACCACAAGAAGGUGUGGCUGACGGAGUUCGCCUGUCCCUAUUCUUCCUCCCUUGCGCACAUUGAGAACUACAUGAAAGCCAUCAUCCCUCGACUAGAGGCUGCGCCGUUUGUCGCACGUUACGCAUGGUUCCAGGCCCGAAUAACGCAAGGCAAUAACUUCAUCCACAAAGAGAACGCUCUUCUCGAAGCUAGCUCAUCCAAGCUGACAGCUCUUGGGAGAUUGUAUAAUUCUCUUCAUUAGGGGUUUCAAUACAUUUGCUACAAUG